CAAGUCUAGUCUGUUCCUUCGCGCACAAUGAACUGUAGGCUACAGCUGGCUGUUACGUCUAGUCUAGUCUAUGAGACCUGGCGGGGCUACAGGAGGAACAGAAAAAGUGGCAGUUUACUGUAGUGGUCUUACCUACGGUUUUAAAACCGCCACCUGAUCUUCUAUGGCAGCGAUCAUGGGACUCUCAAAUCCAGUUCGGAAAGAAGGAAUAAGAUGUGUUGAUAUGUGGACACGCACUGGCGGCGCGCUCUGUGGUCGUGUUUGAUGUAACCUACCUUUAACAGGUACUGGUCAGAGCUCGUACAGACGUGUCGAACCAAGCACCGUUGUAAAACCGAGCUAGAAAGCGUACUGUUUGGGGCCAGAAACAGCGACUGUGGCCCAAAGCUUUGAGGCCAUGAAUUGCUUCAAAGGGCGUUUUGGACAGGAUGUGGAGAAACAGGACCAAAAGCUGUCAAAACCAAGAUGGGAUACUACCAAAAACAAGGUGCCCACAGACCGGACCAUGGUGGUGGGCGGCAGGCAAGGUGGGGGCGGUAAAGGUUCCAACCGUUCAGGACGUACCCUGAGGAAACGGCGCCAGCGCUACGUGGAGAAGGACGGCAAGUGCAACGUGCAUCACGGCAACGUGCGCGAGAAAUACCGCUACAUGACAGACAUCUUCACUACCCUGGUGGACCUGAAGUGGCGCUUUAACCUGCUGGUGUUCACCCUGGUCUACACAACCACCUGGGUGUUCUUCGGUCUCAUGUGGUGGCUCAUCGCCUACAUCCGCGGAGACCUGGACCACACCGACGAUGGAGACUGGAUACCCUGCGUCAACAACCUCAACGGCUUCGUCUCCGCCUUUCUCUUCUCCAUCGAGACGGAGACCACCAUCGGCUACGGCUACCGGGUCAUCACUGAUAAAUGCCCAGAGGGGAUUCUCCUGCUUUUAGUCCAGGCCAUCCUGGGCUCCAUUGUCAAUGCCUUCAUGGUGGGAUGCAUGUUCGUCAAGAUCUCCCAGCCCAAGCAGCGAGCCGAGACGCUCAUGUUCUCCCACAAGGCGGUGAUCUCUGUGAGGGACAGCAAGCUGUGUUUGAUGUUCAGGGUCGGAGACCUGAGGAACUCACACAUCGUGGAGGCCUCCAUCCGGGCUAAGCUGAUCCGCUCCAAGCAGACCAAGGAAGGGGAGUUUAUCCCUCUCAAUCAGACGGAUAUCAAUGUGGGCUUCGAUACGGGGGACGACAGGCUCUUCCUGGUGUCGCCACUCAUCAUCUGUCACGAGUUCAACGAGGGCAGUCCCUUCUGGGAAAUCUCACAGGAACAGCUGGAGAGAGAGGAGUUUGAGGUAGUGGUCAUCCUGGAGGGCAUGGUGGAAGCCACAGGAAUGACAUGCCAGGCGCGCAGCUCCUACCUAGACUCAGAGGUCAUGUGGGGGGAACGCUUCACCCCUGUGCUCUCCCUAGAGGAGGGCUUCUACGAGGUGGACUAUGAAUCCUUCCACCACACCUACCCUACCCCGACCCCCACCUCCUCUGCCCGAGAGCUGGCCGAGCUGGCCAAGAAGGGAGAGGCUAUCCCCCUACCUCCCCAGUCCCCACCUCCAGUCCUGGAGCUGCCCCCACCACAUCCAGAGAAGGAGGAAGACAGUGGGGAGGAAGAGGUGGAGGCGAUAGGGCAUGGAGAGGGGGAUAACGUUAGCAAUGGGGAUGCUAACAGGAUGGAUGAUGGGCAUGAAUGAGUGUGCAUUGGUGAAAACACAGACCGUGUCAUCGGAUGAUGCUGCUCACUGGUUUAAAACAAGUUCAUACAUGGAAACAAGGCUACAAGAGGCAAGAUUUCAAAACCUCAACAUCAUGAAGAUAGGCAAGAAGUACUUGUGCAAGUGACUCAAUGUCUCAAAUGGCUUUGAUAUCAAACUUCAUCAACUGAUGAGUGUCAAACAAACUAUGAUAUACUAUAGUUUUUGAUUACUAUUAGAGGGACCAAAAGCAAGUCUUCACUCUGACUCAUCAUUUCUUUAAUACAGCAUUUAGUGCCAAUAUUCUGAUCUAAAACAAGUUGGAUAACUGGGUGAAUAUGAUUUUAAAGGUUUCAAGUAAUGGGAUGUAAAUGAUUGAAUACUUUGUACUAGACUAGAUGUGUGUAAGAAUGACUAAAAGAGGAUGAAUUAAAGGAGGCCUGGCCAAAUGCCCAUCCAUUUCAAGUAUUUUGAUACACAUAUUUUUCUUACAUGUGUACAUUUUCGUGAAUUAAUAUUUACCUUGUAUUCAAAUCUUAAAUCACUAAGUAUGAAAGGCCUUUGCCUUUGAAUUAAUUGUUUAAAGUUAUGGUUUGGAUUUCUUGCACCAUUUUAUUGGCUUCACAAAUGGUUCUGUUCAAGACAUUUUGGAAAUGUUUGCUAUUAGUGGGCAUUGCCAACAACCUAAUAAAUAAUUGAGCGCUUAUCAUGGAAAUUGAAAUGAUUGAAGCCUUUUUUUGUUUAUUUUUUCAUUUUACAUCGACACAGGUUUUUAGAGGUUGAUAGGUGUUUAGAGGAAGU